GGAGAGGAGCAAGGAAGAGGGAGACGCAGGGGCGGGGUGCUUGGAUGUACAUGAACAUGCUGAUAGGCGAGCGUGUGGACGAGCAAUGACAACCAUGCUGAGCCCAAAGAUCAGACAGACCAGGAGAGCCAGGUCAAAGAGCAUGGUGAUGGGCGAGGUGUCGCGGGGCCCGUGCCGGCCGGCCUCCCCCAGCCUCCAGGAGGGGGCGCUGAAGGCUGGAUGGCUGAAGAAGCAGCGCAGCAUCAUGAAGAACUGGCAGCUGCGCUGGUUUGUGCUGCGCUCAGAUCAGCUCUUCUUCUACAAGGACGAGGAGGAAACCAAACCGCAGGGCUGCAUUCCCCUACAGGGAUGUCAGGUUAAUGAGCUCGCAGGCAACCCGGAUGAACCAGGAAGACACCUAUUUGAAAUCGUACCAGGUGGAGCGGGAGAGAAGGAGCGGGCCCCCAUCAGCCAUGAAUCCUUGCUGCUCAUGGCAAACUCCCAGACAGACGUGGACGACUGGGUCAAGGCCAUACGGCGGGUCAUCUGGGCGCCGUUUGGAGGAGGGAUUUUUGGCCAGCGCCUAGAGGACACUGUGCAGUAUGAGAAGAAGUUUGGCCCCCGCCUGGCCCCCUUGCUGGUGGAGCAGUGUGUGGACUUCAUCAGAGAGAGGGGUCUGGACGAAGAGGGUCUCUUUCGGAUGCCGGGACAGGCCAACCUAGUCAAAGAGCUGCAGGAGGCCUUCGACUGUGGAGACAAACCUCUGUUUGACAGUAACACGGAUGUCCACACGGUGGCAUCCUUGUUAAAGCUGUACCUGCGAGAGUUGCCUGAACCAGUUAUACCCUUCUCCAAAUAUGAAGACUUUCUAACCUGUGCACAGGUUUUGGCCAAAGAUGAAGAGGAAGGGGUCCAGGAGCUUGGAAGACAAGUGAGCACUCUACCUCUACCUAACUACAAUCUCCUCAAGUACAUAUGCAAAUUUCUCGAUGAGGUCCAGUCCCACUGUCAUGAGAAUAAGAUGAGUGUCCAGAACUUAGCCACUGUAUUUGGACCAAAUAUCCUUCGACCUAAGAUGGAGGACCCAGUCACUAUCAUGGAAGGAACCUCUCUGGUCCAGCACCUGAUGACAAUCCUCAUCAGGGAACACGACCGGUUAUACUUAAGGGGGGACCAGGAAGAACUUACUUUAUCACAAACUGAGAUUCCUGCCCAGGGGCAUCAGUUUCAACACCGUAGCCUGGGAGCUUGGAUCUCUGAAGAGGAUCUCCAGAGCUGUCCCAUUUCCAAUCCUGACCAAGAACUGCACAGCAGUGCCUCAUCUCUGGAUGCCAAACUUUGUGCUGCUAUCACUCCCACCCAGACCCCGAACCCUGGGUCAAAAGUAGUGUCUUCAACGGGGAGGGGAGAAGCAGUGGUGAGCCCAAGUAAACAAGUAAAGACCAUGCCCUCCUGGAAGUACUCCUUCAAAAGUUCCUCAGCGCCUCGCUCGCAGGCACAAGCUAAGCAAUGCAACUCUGGGGGAUCGGCAGCAGAUACGACCAGUGUGUCCUCUGGUGGUGGAGGAGGUGGAGGGGGAGGUAACUGGCUCAUGAAUGGACUGUCCUCUUUGAGGGGACACAGGCGCACAUCAUCAGGAGAGCGAUCCGCCCGUGAUCGGGACUCCACCGGUUCGUCCCAGAGACUGUCCACUUACGAUAACGUCACUUCCUCUUCCAGCAUGGGGAGCGUUCCCAGCGUUUCCAGCACACCGUGGUCAACUUCCUCCUGCGAAAUCACCGUGCCCGACUCAGGUGGUGAGCCUUCAGCGCACCAGAACUUUGGAUGUGCGGUAGAGGAUGGCGAAAAAGGGGAAUGGGUGGACAACCAGAGGGAGGCUGAGAGAGAAAGGGAUGCAGGGAUGAUGACAGAGCCCAGCUCUGAGCAGGACAGUUGUGAGGCCAUGGAGCUAUGCACCAGCAGUGCAGCCUGCAGCGAAAAUGAAAACGUGCCUGUGACAGCUGGGGUGCCGUCCAUUAUUAUGACUGAAGAUGGAGAUGGGACGGACCUAAUGCUUAGCAGUUUGGUGGAGGGGCUGAAUGAUGACUUGAAGAAACAGAAGCUGACAUAUGAAACCAGGAUUCAAAAACUGGAAGAGUCCAGCGCAGCUCUGUGUGCUCAGAUGGAGCGUUUGGAGCAAGAGAUGGAACAGGAGAGGAAGAAGCAACGCAUGCUGGAGAUCAAACUUCGAAAUUCGGAGCGGGCACGGGAAGAUGCAGAGAAUCGCAACCGGCUUUUGGAGAAGGAGAUGGAGGAUUUCUUUUCGACACUGGGAGAUCUUGCCUUAGGCGCACGGACAAGUGACAUAUGACACAUUUAUCUGAGGCCAACACUGUGGUUGUUAGGAGGCUUUCAGGGACUCGUGUCCUCCUCUGUGCAUUAGGAUGUUCCUUUAACAGAAGAUUGAAACAAGAAAAUAAAGGAAGCAUAAUGUUGCACAUUUCCAUCAGGCUUGAAACUUAAAUGUGGAGAUAAGAAAUACUGGAGAAAAUCAGUGUAAUCCUGGUCAGGAUGAUUUCCGCUGAACGAUUUUGACUAUCUUCUGCAUGCUUGAAACUGAAUGUCAAAAAGGUGCUCCUGUGAUUAGCCUCCACUCAUCAUGAAUAGUCCAGGGUUUGUCUUAUUUUAAACAUUUCAUGUGUUUGUACAUGACUAACAGAACAUAGAGUAACUCUCCUGACAUUCUCUGUACUGCACAGCAGUGAUUUCUUCAGCCACCUCUCCACAUGCACACUAAUUGAAGAUUUUUUAAUCCUAAAAUAGUAGACUUGUUAGAAACAUCAGUGUUAAUUCAGAUAACUUCUACUUCAAACUCUGUUCAUCCUGCUGUGGAAGUUCUGAAAAAACUUUCAUUUUGUCCAAGCUUUGGGAAUAUGAAAGAAUAAGUGGAAAAGGAAAGUUACAAAAUUGUAAAUUUAUGGAAGUGGUAAUGUGAUAAUGUUUUGAGGGCCAGACACUGAAAAUCCAAUCAGUGCCCAAAAUCCCAUUAAUGUACAGUAUAAUGCCUAUAUUGGCUAAGUUAAAGUAUUUAAGUAGAUAAUAAUUGCUAGUUUUGAGUACAUUUGUGUAAUUUCUGGUGAACUGACUAUUUACAUACAGUGGUAGCUUUAGCAGAGGUUCCUCUACCUGUGUUUAUCCUGCUCCAUAUUUGUACUACAAGUAUUUCUAGCCAUGGUUUACAGUAGAAUUCAAAUUGUAUGUCGUAAUUGCAGAAACAGGUCUCAGAAAAAAAAAGUUUUGCAAACGUUUUUUUCAGGAUUAAAGCAUCAACAAAUGGGACUUCUGCCACAGCAGCCUCAAAAGGGGGGAUUUCCAUUUGCGAAGGUCCGGAGUAGUUUUGCAGGGCCUUGACCGUUGGCACUCGUACCUCCAUUUCUUGUAAGAGUCCUGCAGUGUUAGUUUUCAGGGAACUUCUACAGGGCUGAAACAAGUCCCUGCCUUUAAUUAGGUACUUUAGUGUGGCCCUGAAAAAGUGCUGGGUGAGGGUCGUCUUACCACCAUCUCAGUUUAUGCAAACAGAAAGAGUUACCAUCUCAAUCUCAAUCAUCUCCUUGACUGUUGAUCCUGUUGUUCUAAUUUGUUUUUGCGUUGGCAUUGGCAGUUGGCAAACCGUGUAAGUGGUAUACUGCUACUACCGCAACGUUUGUUUGCUAAGUCAGUGGAUCCUACCAGGUCCAACACUGUGGUGACACGAUUGGUAAAAGGACCAAGGAGGAGUUAGGGCUUUAACAGUUGUAGCCUUCUGGACUUUAUAAAAAGUACUGGACAAACCCUUGUGAGGUCAGCCAUAGGUUUUUUUUUAAAGCAUCUUGUUGUCUUACAAUACAGCCCCAUGUUGGUUGGUAUUGGCACUGCCAUCUGACGGUCAAUACAAAAUUAAGCAAAUUGGCAAAUGAGAAGGCCUUGAAGCCAGCCUGAACAUGUCCCCUUAACGAGUUAUCUAUUUUGGCUCAGCUGGCUUAUUUUAUGCAAACCUAUCAAGCUAACUAAUAUCACCUUACAUUUAUUAUGAUUAAAUCUGUCCAGAUAUCCUCACUUCAGAUGUUGCUAUUAAAACGAAACUAAAAAUACAGUGCCAUUCAAAAGUUUGGUCAUGGUAGGUAUGGUAGUGCACGUGCUGCCAGAGUUGAUAUGAGGAUUAUCGGAGCUCUGCUGGGAUGCAUGGUUGCUUAGUUGCCUGUAUACAGUCUAGGCCUGUGGGCAGGUUGGUGGUAGUUGCGGUCACAUGAUCGAGCCUAAGUGACCAAGCAGUGAAGGACUGAGUGAUCAACUACUUGUUGAUUAAUAGUCUGGUCCUGAAAUGAUUCAAGAAAAAGGCCCUUUAACCAGAGGACCCAGCUGCUGUAAGAGGAAGAAGCCAAUGAACAACACUAGUCCAGCUGAUGAUGAUAGCUCCGGACCAACAACCAAAUCAAUUGUAGCAUGCUAUUAGAAAGGAUGAUGACUAAAGGAGCCACAUUAUCUUUAAAAUAAGAAUGAUUAUGCUCUGUUAGGUCUCUCUAUUUACAGUUUACAAUGCCAGGACAAUACUUAGUAGCUAACUGGAGACAGCUAGCCAUUUGCCAUGGCCAGUUUUCAAUUCAAAGACCAUCCCCUCUGUUAUGCCUACAUUUGUUGGGGUAUGUAAUUGUGCAUGACGAGAUUCAUAAAAAAUAAUCUCUGCACAGCUGUCAUGAGUGUCAAAUUUAGCAAUGGAGACCACAACAGAAAACUGCAAAAGGAAAUUUUAACCUGGGUGUCAAUAGAGAUUGACUCACUUUGAUAUAAAGCCCCAUUGAAUGAGGAGCAAUUGGUUUUAAUUCUGGGUUUGAUUCCAACUAGCUAGCUGGAUGUAGCCCCUUGAUUUUACUCCGGACCAUCACUAAUGGAAACCCACCUAAUGCCUUCUUUGUCCUCAGGCCGUUCCAGUGCCUCUCUCGUUACCAUCUACGUGGUUUCCGAGUCCAUUUGAUCACAACUCCUCAAUCUAAUGUUAACUCUGACCUUCACUGAUGUCAAUAAUAUGCCUUUAAUGAGUAGAUGACAGGGAUGUUGAAAACAAUUCUUCAAGCAUUUUCAGCCUAGAACACAGGGCAUGUGAUUCAUUUUACUAUACAGACGACAAACCAAAGUUGGACCGCCUCAGCUGUUCACUGUCUACAGAUCACAAUGGCCUGCCUGGAAGCCAUGUUGAUUUUGGCACAUGAAGCUGAACACUGCCCUCAGAGAAACAAUGGAGUUUCCUGGUUGUGCCUUCAGGGAAGUGUUUUUAAAAUAGGAAAUAAAAUAUAGUGAUUGCUUGCCCGGAGAUGUAGUGCAUAUAUUUACCCAUGGUACACACAGUGGUCACAUUGAUUUUUGUUUUAAUAUGGAACAAACUGCUGAUGAUUCCCUUUAUGGUGCCAAUUCUUGUGGAAGUCAUUUGUGAUUUGAAUGGAUGUUUUGCAUCAAGAAUGUAUCGUUGUAGCGAAUGUAAUGUGUUAUUGAUAGAACCAACCCUUUGAAAGAAAGAAAAAAAAAUGUAAGUGGUCAGUACAGUAUGGCUGAAGACACAGGGUACUGCCAGGUAUAUGAAAAAAAUGACUGCAAUAUGUAUCUGAUCCAUUACAAACUGGGGCACACAUUUAAAGCCACACUACGUAGCAACACCAGGAGCAAACUUAUCUGUUGGGUUGGCCAUAGACUAAAAAUUACUGAACAGCCCAUCAGUCUCUUGCUGGUUUCCUGAUGAGUGGUUUUGAAGUCUCUUUUUUUUUUUUCGUAUUUUGCGGCUCCAUGUUGCAAACAGGCAGGACGAACUUCCCACUUAUGUCAAAGUUGCAGCUUCUUAGUUGAUUUGGCAAAACCAGAAAUGACCUUUGAUUUGAAUUUAAUAGUUGAAAUAUGUAGCAUGACAUUGACUGAUGAGAAAAUGAUAAUGGCAAGCCUUUACCACUGAGCUGGCUGCCAAUCAAAAGUUUACAGCCCUAAAAAUACAUAUAUUUAUUGCUUUAUAAACAUAAACCUUAUGUGGUACGAAACAAAGUUUGAACCAGGAAAUAAAUGGUUAUUUCAGUAGCAAAGUUGGACAUUUUAACAUGGAGUUAGAUUGACUCCCUUUUGGAGCCAUCCCCCAGUGGUCACUCGAGGAACUGCAUCUUCACUUAGUUCUGCAUUGGCGUCAGUGUGGAAGUUAGAUUGUAACUUGGUGUUAAUAAAAGACCCACUGACAAUAUUGAGUUAAUGAGUGGGGGUAACACCACUUCGUCCCACUAGAGGUGCACUUUGGUGUGUGUUACACCAUCGGUGAACACAUUAACUUUCUUGUGAUAUGUUGCCCCCAUGUGGUUGGAACUGCUACUGCCACAUGAAGCUGCGUUGAAUUUGUUUUUAGUCUAAACGAAGAACUUGGUUCUCAGAGUUACAUGCUAUUUUACAAACUUCUUUCCAGCCUCUCAUUUAUCAGAAAAAUGUCCGGGGGUGCCAUUUUUAAUGCCUAUUUCCGUAUGGCACUGCAAUUGUAAGUGGAGGUCUGCUUCAAGCUGGACUCAGUGACUUUCAUAAAAAAACAAAGCGACGUAGUUAUAUUUUUUUGCACAGGUUUACAAGGUAGCCUUCUCUUCUGAACUCAUCACACUUAAUAGUCCAGACUAUAAUAGUCUAAAUAAAACAGCAGGUACUUUCAUUCCAACACAGACUUAUUUUCCUCAUAUGUGUUUCUCAUAAGUAAGGAUAAAUGAUUCUUAUUGCUCCGAAGAUCUGUGGUGCUUAUUUAUUAUGGCUUUUGUCCCUUAUAAUAAACGGCCAUAUCUGGGAAUAAAGCUGACAGCCAUCACAUGUGAAAUUGUGGUUAACUUGUGUUUGUGGAGUGUGUGUUAUG